GCAGAGAAAACUCCCGAAGCCAGGGAGGGGGCUUGGAAGCGCCUCAGACCAUAUUGGGGACGUCUGGCAGCCGGAGGCACCGAACCCCGCCCCCGCGUGCUCUGGGCCUCCCGGGGGAGCGCCCCGGCCUGCGACAGCCGCCACAGCUCCCGAGCCCGGGGACCCGGCUGCCCGCCACCAUUGAUCCCCGGCCCGCAACCCAGUGUCCUGCUAGGCCCCCACCGGCCCGGGGGCCACAUCCAGCGUGUCCCACCCGCCGCGCCACGCUCCCGAGCUCCCCCGCGGCCGAGAGUGGUGCGCCCCGGCCCUGCCCCCUGACGCCGGCGAGGGGGCGCGGCCUCCGUCACGUGACGGGGAGUGACCUCGCCGCCGGGUGCCAUGGGAGCUUUGGACCCGGAAGUGGCGCCCUGGGCUCGCGGCGGUGCCGCGGGGAUGGCGGGAGCCGGAGCUGGAGCCGGAGCUCGCGGCGGAGCGGCGGCGGGGGUCGAGGCCCGAGCUCGCGAUCCACCGCCCGCGCACCGCGCACAUCCUCGCCACCCUCGGCCUGCAGCUCAGCCCUCGGCCCGCAGGAUGGACGGCGGGUCAGGGGGCCUGGGGUCUGGGGACAACGCCCCGACCACUGAGGCUCUUUUCGUGGCACUGGGUGCGGGCGUGACGGCGCUCAGUCAUCCCCUGCUCUACGUGAAGCUGCUCAUCCAGGUGGGUCAUGAGCCGAUGCCCCCCACCCUUGGGACCAAUGUGCUGGGGAGGAAAGUCCUCUAUCUGCCGAGCUUCUUCACCUACGCCAAGUACAUUGUGCAAGUGGAUGGUAAGAUAGGGCUGUUCCGAGGCCUGAGUCCCCGGCUGAUGUCCAACGCCCUUUCCACUGUGACUCGGGGUAGCAUGAAGAAGGUUUUCCCUCCAGAUGAGAUUGAGCAGGUUUCCAACAAGGAUGAUAUGAAGACUUCCCUGAAGAAAGUUGUGAAGGAGACCUCCUACGAGAUGAUGAUGCAGUGUGUGUCCCGCAUGUUGGCCCACCCCCUGCACGUCAUCUCAAUGCGCUGCAUGGUCCAGUUUGUGGGACGGGAGGCCAAGUACAGUGGUGUGCUGAGCUCCAUUGGGAAAAUUUUCAAAGAGGAAGGGCUGCUGGGAUUCUUUGUUGGAUUAAUCCCUCACCUCCUGGGCGAUGUGGUUUUCUUGUGGGGCUGUAACCUGCUGGCCCACUUCAUCAAUGCCUACCUGGUGGAUGACAGCUUCAGCCAGGCCCUGGCCAUCCGGAGCUAUACCAAGUUCGUGAUGGGGAUUGCAGUGAGCAUGCUGACCUACCCCUUCCUGCUAGUCGGCGACCUCAUGGCUGUGAACAACUGCGGGCUGCAGGCUGGGCUUCCCCCUUACUCCCCGGUGUUCAAAUCCUGGAUUCACUGCUGGAAGUACCUGAGUGUGCAGGGCCAGCUCUUCCGAGGCUCCAGCCUGCUUUUCCGCCGGGUGUCAUCAGGAUCAUGCUUUGCCCUGGAAUAACCUGAAUCAUCUAAAAAACACGGUCUCAACCUGGCCACCGUGGGUGAGGCCUGACCACCUUGGGACACCUGCAAGACGACUCCAAACCAACAACAACCAGAUGUGCUCCAGCCCAGCCGGGCUUCAGUUUCCAUGUUUGCCAUGUGUCUGUCCAGAUGUGGGCUUGGGCGGGGAUGGGGCUGCACCCAGUGGAUUGGGUCACCCUGCAGACCUGGGGAAGGUGAGGCGAGGUGGGGAGUUGGGAGGAUCCCCAUACCUCCCAGAUUUGCUGAGUCUGUCUUGUGCAAAGGGCCAGAGAAUGGCUUAUGGGGGCCCAGGUUGGAUGGGGAAAGGCUAAUGGGGUCAGACCCCACCCCUUCUACCCCUCCAGUCAGCCCAGCGCCCAUCCUGCAGCUCAGCUGGGAGCAUCAUUCUCCUGCUUUGUACAUAGGGCGUGAUCCCCUGGCACAUGGCCACCAUCAUGUCUAGGCCUAUGCUAGGAGGCAAAUGCCAGGCUCUGCCUGCGUUUUUCUCAACACUACUUUUCUGAUAUGAGGGCAGCACCUGCCUCUGAAUGGGAAAUCAUGCGACGACUCGGAAUGUGUCCUCUUCAUCUAAUGCUCAUCUGUUUAGUGGUGAUGCCUCGCGCACAGGAUCUGUUUCCCUGUGCAGUUGUGAAUACCCAGAGGUUGGGCAGAUCAGUGUCUCUAGUCCCACCCAGUUUUAAAGUUCAUGGUAAGAUUCGACCCCAUCUCCCGCAAAUAAAUGUAUUGGUGAUUUGGA